AUGGCUACAGAGGAUGGCAUACCGCAGGGUACGCUGUGGCGCAUUGCGUACACCGUGCUCAUCUGGGCAGUUGACGGGAUCGAUUUUACCUCUGAAUUGCUAUGGCCCAGGACAGAACAAGAGUUAGAGACUAAACCAUCCCGGUCCGACCAUUGGAGUGACGACGAGAUAAUGCGUCGAAGAGUCAACAACGAAUACAAGGAGAGAUCGCAUUAUAACAUGGGUGGCCAUUCUAUCAGACGAAUAUCUGAAGACGUGAUCACGAAGAAUAUUUGGACCGAUCCGGUCGUCAGAGUCCACGAAGAAAAGACGGAUCCGCCUGCAGAGGCUCUUGCUCUGCAGUUGGUGGCAUCCAGUACGACGAUUCCCGUACCCUCCAGGGAACCUCACUGGCUUCAUUGUGGCCGAAUCUCUCCCUGUGGUCCAAGUUCAAAAUCGCAUGGACAAUCCGACGCUACAUCCAGCAGCUCCGGUGUAUUCGCAGCCCCCGCUCGUUCAUUCCUGGCCAACUUGGCCUUGGCAUGA